AUGGCUGAAGCCAAAACCGCCUCCUCGGCGCCUGCCGCGGAUGCUGUUGCUGAGGCGCCCGUCGAGCGCACUCCUGCGGAGCUCGAAGCUGGUGCUGAGAAGUCGGCGCCAGAGCCUACCAAGGACAACAAUGAGCAGAAGGCCAAUGGAGGAGAGGAGAAACCCGCUGAGAACACAACCGCCGAGGAUGAGAAGAAGGAAUCAUCCGAUGCACCCGCUGAGAAGGCUGACGCCUCUGCUGAAUCCGCUGACGCGAAGAACUCCGACGAGGGCGCCGCUACCCCUGCGAAGGCUGAGCCCGCCGCCGCUACCGAUGCCAACGGAACUCCCGCAACCACGAAGAAGUCAUCUUCCAAACGCAAGUCGACGGGAGGAGAUACCAAAUCCAAGCUUAACCGCAAGAAGUCCCAAAGUCGCAUCACGCACCUGGAUGCGAAGCCUGGCGAGUACUACCUCGCGCGCCUUCGCAGCUUUCCUCCCUGGCCGGCCAUCAUCUGUGAUGAGGAGAUCCUGCCUCAGACUCUGCUGACCACGCGUCCCGUGACCGCUCAGCGACCCGACGGGACCUACAGGGAAGACUACGCUGAUGGUGGUAAGCGCGUCGCGGAGAGGACGUUCCCCGUCAUGUUCCUUCAGACGAAUGAAUUCGCCUGGAUCCCCAAUACCGAUCUCGCCCCCCUCGAUCCCGCUACGUGCAAGGAUGUCUCAGAAAAGGGCAAGUCGAAGCAGCUCAUUGCCGCGUACCACGUUGCUGCCGAGAAUAAUGACCUUGCACACUUCAAAGACCUACUUGCAGACCACCAGCGGGCCAUCCAGCAAGAGGAAGAAGAGAUGGAGGCUCAAGCUGCCGCCAAGGCUGCCGCGAAGGCUGAGAAGGAGUCUAAGAAAAACAAGCGCAAGAGCAUGGACAUCCACGAUGACGUGGACAUGGAAGAUGCAGAGGAAGGAGGAAAGGCACCAAAGAGCUCCAAGAAGAGAAAGAAGGAUGCCGAGGCUGAAGAUGAGAAGCCUGCUAAGACUCCCAAGACCGGCACCAAGUUGAAGCUCACAACUCCCAAGACCCCAACCGGCGAGACUGGAAAGAAGGCCGCCGGCAGCAGGGCAAAACAGACUGCAAGCAGCAAGAAGGGAAAGGCUGCAGCCAACGAGGACAGUGAUGAGUCCAGUCCCCCCGCCAAAGAGCCUGAACCCAAGGUCAACGUAGAGGAAGCUAAGAAAAAGAGAGAGAAAGAAGUUUUGUUCGUCCGCCAUCGCCUUCAGAAGGGCUUCAUCUCCCGUGAUCACCCUCCUAAGGAGGAGGAAAUGUCCCAGAUGGCCGGUUUAUUCAGCAAACUAGAGAAGAUUGAAGACCUAGAAGUCUCAAUUAUCCGCGAAACCAAGAUCCACAAGGUUCUGCGGAUGAUCGUUAAACUCGCUACCAUCCCCCGUGAUGAGGAAUUCCAGUUCCGAAAGCGCGCCGUUGACAUCCUCUCCAAGUGGAAGAACGUCUUGGAGAGCGACCGUGCAACCCCCUCACAGGACAAGGAGAAGGACGAGAAACCCAAGGCCAACGGCGUCCACAAGGAGUCCAGCGCCGAGGCCCCGGCCAAGGGCGAGGCCAAGACCGACAAGGAGGAUGACAGCAAGCUCGAGACACCGGAUCAGGAUGAGGCCAUGCCUGAUGCUGAUGCCGACGCUGCCGAGAAAGAGAAGUCCGAGGAGACGCCUGCGCCGGCGAAAGAUGAGGCUGAGAAGGUAGCAGCGCCAGAGGAUCCAGAGAAAGAGAAGGAGACAUCAGCGGAGGAGGGUAAGACAGAGAAAGAGAAGACUGCUGAGGCCGCGGCGUAA